AUGCUGCUGUCAUCCAAUGCAGCCACGCAGCCCCUACCCAGCUGCCACUUCCAGGAGCUGCUGCACUGCGCGGGCAACCACACCACUGGGCAAGAGGCAGUCGGGCCCCUGGACCUUCAGGGCCAGCUGCUGCACCUCCUGCAGGCCAAUGGUAACCAUGCAGCCAGCAUCUUGACCAAGGGCUGCUGUGCAAGCACAGAGCCAGCCGGGCACCCCUGCCCCUGGUACAGUUGUCCCGCAGCAGCUGCCCUGUCUGUAGUGCCCAGGGCAGUCUGGGGUCUGAGCCCUUGCUCAGGCCCCGUCCUAGCCCUGCCCUCUUCCUGCUGCCUGCCCAGUGUCAGCCCCUAA